UGUGUUGUAGCUCAGUUUGAAUCUGUGUGAAGCCAUGGCCACGCUCAGGGUGUCUUCUUACCGGAGGCUGUUUGAGGAGGAUACCUGGAGUCGAGCUGAAGGGUUGAGUUUGCAGUGUGCGGGGCAGUAUCGGGCCUCUGUCAGGAAUGCGGCCGUCGACAAGUGCGGCUGUGACAAGCUGGACUUUGUCGCUGCCAAGUCUCUCAACAAGGAGGGUCUGAACCGGUUCUCCCAGGACCGCACCAUCAUCGCUGCCCUGAACGACCGCCUGGUGGGGCUUAUAGAACUGGCUCGUUGUUUUGAGGAGGAGAAUGAGUCUCUUGAAUGUCAGAUUGUGGAGCUGGAGGAGAAGCUGAGCAGCCGCCCAGCCUCCUCCAGCAUCACCUCCGCCGUGGCUCGACCUGACUACAGCCUGGAUGCGGUGGUGGAGAGACUGCGCAGGGAGAGGGACGAGAUUCUGUGUGACACAGAGGAGCUGCAGAAAGAGCUGGAGUGUCUGAAGAGCGGCUACGAGAAGGUGGCACAGCAGAGGGUCUUCUACCAGCAGGAACGACAGGAUGUGGCUGAGGUUGUGGAUGCUGUGACAGCAGAGUGUUUGGCUCUGAGGGAGCAAGUGGCUAUCUACGAGGAGCAGCUGGCCAACAUGGAGGCCCGGCACAAGACGGAGGUGGAGAGUCUGCUGGAUCCAGCCGACUGGACCGCAGGAGGAGUGGCAGCUCUUGGAUUCUGCAGCCCGGACAUGACUCCGGUCUUGGAUGUGAAGGAGUUCUACUGCCAGCUGGCUGAGAGUCUCCAGUACGAGUGCGGAGCUGCCUCCCCUGCUGCAGUUCUCAGCGGUGAUCGAAAACAACUGGAAGUGGGAGCUGCCGUCGGGUCAAAGGUCACAGACUCGCCAAAGAUAAAGGACGUCAGUGAGCUGAAGAUGCUGAUUUCUGAGCUACAAAAGGAGCUUGCAGAGCUUGAGAAGUGUAACGAGGAGCUGGAGGAUGAGGUGGAGAUGAAGAGAGCUGCAUACAUGGAUGAGAUUGCUGAGUUGAAGUUCACCAUGGGUGAGAUGCGGCAGCAGGAGGCCGACCUCCAGGCACAGAUGAAGGAGCAGUGUGAAGACUACAAGGAGCUGCUCAGUGAGAAGAUGGCCAGAGACAUGGAGAUUGUCGCCUACAGGUCAGAAAGCUAA